AUGUCCCGGAGGACGCUGGGUGGAGGUCGUGUCCUGGGCACUCCAAACGCUCUUGCUGUUCAAGCUUCAACUCCAUCUCCGCGACAGAAGCCAAGCAUCUUAUCACCUUCCGCCAGCAGCCUCUCCCUUAGUUCUCAAGCUUCCGCCUCGCAGUUUUCAUCCGAAACUCAAGACCUCACUUCUAGGAUCUCCCUAGAUAAUGGUGCGACUUCUAUAUCCGCGGCCCCGGCGGCUACCGGUGCGCAGCUGGCUUGCCCGAUCUGCAGUGAGGAGAUGGUGACGCUACUCCAAUUGAACAGACAUCUCGAUGACGUACACCAGAAUCUGGAAGAUGACCGGCAGGAUGAAGUCAAAGAUUGGUUCAAGUUGCAAAUGGAAAAGGCAAAGCGCUUUCAACCUUUAGCUGUGCUGAAUCAGAAGCUAAAAGGCUUGGAUGUCUUCGAAUCGAACGAGAACCAGCAACCUUCCAUCGGCACGAGUCGGUCCAUCGCACCACAACCCGGUCACAGUGAGCCACCGAGGAUAAUUGACCCCGAAGACAUAAUCAUAAAGGAUCACUGGCAAGGUCGGGGCUUAUAUGAUACGUGCCUGGAGCCGUCGUGCGGGAAACGUCUAAAUGCUACGAAUGGCUGUGUCAACUGUCGCAAAUGCGGGAAGCUGUUCUGUGAGGAGCAUACCAUGUAUCAGAUGCGACUGUCCAGGUCGGCGCAACAUGAGCCGGUGAGAGGCUUGUGGUACAGGGUCUGUGAGACUUGUUACAAGUCAAGGGAAGGAUACAAUGACCAUAAUGGCGUGGUCAGAGAUCGAAUGGCCGAGUUCAAGGCUGUGAGAAAGCAGACCGUCGAUAAAGCUACACUAGAAGUCUCUCGGUUGGAAAAGCGUUUGACGCGACUCACACAGGGACUAGCGGCUCUACCCCCAGAUCAAAUCCAAUCCAGCGCAGGUAAACGCUGGCCAAUCUCAUGGCAGAAUGACCAGCGCAAAGCGCUCGAGCAGACGAUUGUCAGUUGGCAGGAAGACUCAAGUGUGCCUCGGUGUCCGUUCUGCCAGCAAGAUUUCAGCAGCUACACUUUUCGGAGGCAUCACUGCAGGACUUGCGGGCGGGUUGUAUGCGGUGACCCUGCAACCGGAUGCUCCAAUGAGGUUCCUCUUAGUAUAACAUCUCGUAUGUUGCCUUGCUAUUAUACCAGCGUGUUCACCCCUAAUCCCAGUCCAGUGUCCAGGGCGAUCGGAGAAAAGUCACUCAAUGCGGGUGUAAUCAAUAUAGACAUCAGAUUAUGUAAGGAUUGCAAAGCAACACUGUUUGACCGUCGAGACUUUCAGGCGGAUGUUACACGCAAGCCUCCAGAUGUCAGGGCAUAUGAGAAUCUAGUGCAAUUUGAGCGCGGAAUUCGACUGCUCUUGCCCAAGUUCCAGAGGCUGCUUACAACUCUACAGGACCCGAGGCGGCCACCUACAGCCACGCAACUGGCGGAAGCCUCUAAAGUUCGCAAGCGGCUCACCGAUUCCUUUGCUCAAUAUGAUGUUGCUGCCAGGCGUGUUCGUGACAUGCCAACCGACUCUCCGACGCAGAAGCGACUCCAGAAGGCCGUUUAUCAGCAAGCCAGCAAUUUCCUUCACCUGCACAUGCUUCCUCUAAAAGCGUUACCCAAGAUUCUCAAACACGCAUCGUCAAACGGACGGCCGGCUAGUCCAGCUAGUUCGGUUGCAACCCUUUCUGGUAACAAUGCAGCGAGCGGUCAUCAACGGCGAGAGUCGGCACUUGCAUCAAUUAAAUAUGGCAAUAUCGCUACCAGCGGUAGUAACAGUAGCCUGGCAAGCGAUACGAGUAGUGCUGUCUCAGCAUUAGAAGCCGAGGAGAAAUCGCUGCGCGAACGUCUUAUCGUCCUGGAAGAACAGAAAUUCUUCGUAUCAGAGAUGAUUGCGGAUGCGAAUCGCCGUCGUAAGUUCGACGAAGUCAGCAGCCUUGCAAUGAAUAUAGAGGACCUGAGUCGGGAGAUUGACCGCAUCAACGGCAUUCUGGACGGCCUCGAUUUUGAGAGCGUAUAUACCGCCAAUCAGCCACAUCCUUGA